AUGAGUCCAGAUGUACCGCUGCUGAAUGAUUAUAAACAGGACUUCUUUCUGAAGCGCUUUCCACAGACUGUGCUUGGAGGCCCUCGGCUCAAAUUAGGCUUUUGUGCCCCUCCUUACAUAUAUGUUAAUCAGAUUAUCCUUUUUCUGAUGCCAUGGGUUUUGGGUGGAAUAGGAACACUUUUGUAUCAGUUAGGCAUCUUGGAAGACUAUUACACUGCAGCACUUUCAAGUGGACUAAUGCUUUUCAGUGCAUUUGCCAUCCAGCUCACAAGUUUGUAUGCCAGAAACAAAUCCGUGACAGUGGAAAGAAUGCUAACCACAGAUAUCUUAGCAGAGGAAGAUGAACAUGAAUUUACAAGUUGUGCUGGUGCUGAAACUAUCAAAUUCCUAAUUCCUGGCAAGAAAUACCUAACCAAUACCAUUUUUCAUGCUGUGCUUGCUGGAGUAGUGUGUGGACUUGGAACAUGGUAUCUGCUCCCCAACAGAUUAACCUCGCUUUAUGGCAGUAUGGGGGGCACUGUGCUCUUAUUCAUCUUUGGCUGGCUGACCUUAUGUAUAGGAGAAUAUUCAUUGAUUGUAAACACAGCUACAGAGACUGCAACUUUCCAAACUCAGGAUACUUAUGAAAUCACUCCCCUCAUGAGACCUCUUUAUAUUUUUUUCUUUGUUUCUGUGGAUCUUGCACACAGGUUUAUGGAGAAUAUACCAGCUCUGGAACAAAUGAAUCAGAUUUUACACAUCUUGUUUAUUUUCUUGCCUUUUCUCUGGGCACUGGGGACUCUGCCUCCACCAGAUGCACUUUUCUUAUGGACAAUGGAGCAAGUUUUAGAGUUUGGUCUUGGAGGCUCUCCCAUGUCAACACACCUACGGCUGUUAGCAAUGUUCAUCAUUUCGGCUGGGGCAGCUGUAACAUCCUAUUUUAUUCCGAGCACCAUUGGUGUGGUUCUUUUCAUGACUGGACUUGGAUUCUUACUGAGUCUUAACCUAAGUGAGAUGGGUUUUGUCUUCAAACACAGUGUGGCCAGGACCAGAGUUAUAACCAAAUCAGAGGCUUUACCUAGUGAUGCAGAAGCACAGUUUCCCUGGAAAGAAUGUGUUUUCUACAUUGUUAUGUUAGUCUUGGCUCUCUUGGAAACAAGUUUGCUGCAUCACUUUGCUGAUUUCUCACAAAUUUCCAAAAACAGUCCUCAGACUAUUGUUGGCUAUAUUUUGAUUAUAUUACUUGUAAUACUGUGGAUUCUUAGAGAAAUUCAAGGUGUCUAUAUCUUUGGGAUUUUCCAAAACCCUUUCUAUCCAAAGGAUAUGCGAACUGUGGCUGUGUUCUUAGAGAAGCAGAAAAGACUCAUGAAGAUUGGAGCUGUCAGACGAAUUUUGCUAACUGUAGUGUCACCUUUUGCUAUCAUGGCAUUUCUCUCAUUGGACAGUUCCUUACAAAGCCCUCACUCUGUGGCUGUCUCCAUUGGAUUCACAAGAGCUUUUAGAAUGGUAUGGCAGAAUACAGAAAAUGCUUUAAUGGAGACAGUCACAGUAUCAGUAGUACACUCAUUGAUCUUCAGUAAAGAUUUAUGGUGGAACAGAAACUUGAAUACAGGAAUUAGACUCUUACUGGUUGGUAUUGUGCGUGAUCGUCUGAUUCAGUUCAUCUCUAAAUUACAGUUUGCUGUGACUGUACUUGUGGCUUCAUGGACGGAGAAAAAACAACGUCGAAAAUCAACUGCCACUUUAUGUAUACUCAACAUUGUCUUCUCUCCGUUCGUGUUGCUCUUUAUAGUUUUUUCUACACUGCUCUCUUCUCCCUUACUUCCUCUCUUCACCCUUCCUGUGUUUUUGGUGGGGUUUCCCCGACCCAUUCAGAGCUGGCCGGGAGCAGUGGGCACUGCAGCCUGUGUGUGUGCGGAUACAGUGUACUACUACCAGAUGGUCCCGAGUUUGGCUGCUGCACUGCAGUCUGCAAUGGCAGCUGGAAGUUUAGGUCUCCUCUUACCUGGGUCUCAUUACUUGGGUCGUUUUCAGGAUCGUUUGAUAUGGAUAAUGAUUCUAGAAAGAGGCUACACUUACUGCUGUAUUAACAUUAAGGGGUUAGAAUUGCAGGAGACAUCUUGUCACACUGCUGAAGCUCGAAGAGUGGAUGAAGUUUUUGAAAGCGCCUUUGAGCAAGAAGAAUUUGUAAGAAUGUGUUCCCUUAAUGAGCACUUUGGAAAUAUCUUGACACCGUGUACGGUUUUGCCUGUGAAGUUAUAUUCUGAUGCCAGGAGUGUUCUAUCUGGCAUAAUAGAUUCUCAUGAAAACUUGAAAGACUUUAAAGAUGACCUUGUUAAAGUACUUGUGUGGAUACUUCUUCGGUACUGCUCCAAAAGACCUAGAAGACCUGAUAGCGCUCACAAAGCUGAAAAUGAAGGGAAAGCACCUCUAAUAAUCAUGUCCACUUCAAAUCCUGCACAACCAGAGUACCCAGAAGACAUGGUUAGUUUAAAUUCAGAAUCACUUGAUAACUGGUCUGAUGAUAAUUUUGACGAUGAGCCAACAAUCCAAAAAGAAAAGAAAGACAAAAAUCAGUUGAAAGUUUUACCAGAUACAAAUUUGCCUCUUCCAGGAUCAAUAGAAUCAUGGAAGGUUGAUGAGCUUUCCACAGACAAUGUAUAUGAAAAUAGUCUUUUUAAAACAGUCAUAUUGGGAUAUCCAGCUACUGACAAAGGAAAGCAGGAAGACAUGGGAUGUAUUCCUCUCAUGGAGUUUAGUUGUUCUCAUUCUCACUUGUUAGGCUUACCUGAAGAGUGGAGAUACAACUGUUUGCAUGAUUCCAAAAGGAAGGAGAUGAGGGCGUUAUUUCCAGAAGACUGGUACCAAUUUGUAUUAAGGCAGUUAGAAUGUUUUCAUUCAGAAGAAAAGGCCUCAAGUGUACUAGAAGAAAUUGCGAAGGAUAAAGUUUUAAAAGACUUUUAUGUUCAUGUAGUAUUGACUUGUUUCAUUAGUUUGUUUGGAGGAGAUAAUAUGGCUCCUAGUCCUGGUCACAUACUGAGAGUUUACAAUGGUGUUUUGCCCUGGUCUGUUGCCUUGGAUUGGCUUACAGAAAAACCAGAACUAUUCCAGCUAGCACUGAAAGCUUUCAGGUAUACUCUGAAACUAAUGAUUGAUAAGGCAAGUUUAGGUUCAAUAGAAAACUUUAAAGAGCUGAUUAACUGCCUUGAAGAUUAUGAAAAUGACUGGUAUAUUGGUUUGGUGUCUGAUGAAAAAUGGAAGGAAGCCGUUUUACAAGAAAAACCAUACUUGUUUUCCCUGGGGUAUGAUCCUAAUAUGGGAGUUUACACUGGAAGGGUACUUACCCUUCAAGAAUUCUUGAUCCACGUUGGAAAGCUGAAUCCUGAAGCUGUUAGAGGGCAGUGGGCCAAUCUUUCAUGGGAACUGCUGUAUGCCACAAAUGACGAUGAGGAACGUUACAGUAUACAAGCUCAUCCGCUCCUCUUAAGGAACCUUACGGUACAAGCAGCUGAUCCUCCCUUGGGAUACCCGAUUUAUUCUUCAAAACCUCUUCCUAUACAUUUGUAUUAGAGCCUCUUUUGACAUGCACAUGUAAU